AUGUCCGAGGAAAAAAGUGAGAAGCCAGUGCUGGAAGAAAUGGCAUUUGAAGAAAUCGAAAGGGAUUUCCAGCAGGUUCUCAGUGAACUUUCAGGAGAUAAGAGUCUGGAAAAAUUCAGGGUUGAAUAUGAAAAACUGCAUUCUGUCUUGAAAAGGUCUUAUGAUAAUGAGAAGCGCCUGAUGGCCAAAUGCAGGGAGCUCAAUGCAGAGAUUGUGGUGAAUUCUGCAAAAGUCGCCACUGCCCUGAAGCUCUCUCAAGACGAUCAAACCACCAUUGCAUCCCUGAAGAAGGAAAUUGAAAAGGCCUGGAAGAUGGUGGACGUAGCCUAUGAUAAAGAACAGAAGGCGAAGGACACAAUUCUUGCCCUGAGAGAAGAAAUAGUGAGCUUGACCAAACUGGUGGAGCAAGGGUCUGGACUAUCGAUGGACCAGGAUAGCAACAUCCGGGAUUUACUGAAGUUCAAAGAAGAAGUGACCAAGGAGCGAGAUCAGCUCUUGUCGGAAGUGGUGAAAUUACGGGAGGCCUUAGCGCAAAGCACUGAACAGCAGCAAGAAACCGAGCGCAACCGUGAAGACGCUGAGCAGACCAUCACGCAGUUCCAACAAGAGAUCCAGCAACGUCAGAAUGAAGCAUCUCGGGAGUCUCGGAAGAAGGAAAAACUAGAGAAAGAGCUGAAGCAGAUUCAGAUAGACAUGGACAGCAGGCAGACAGAAAUCAAGUCCCUGCAACAGUAUGUGCAGAAGAGCAAGGAGGAGCUGCUGAGACUGGAACAGCAGCUGAAGGAACAGAAGAUACUGAACGAGAGAGCUGCAAAGGAACUGGAGCAUUUCCAGAUGAGAAAUUCUAAACUUCAGCAAGAAAACGAGCAACACGUUUUGGUUUGUGAACAGUUAGCCCAGGAAAACCAGCAGAAGGCGUCGGAGCUCAAAGCCAAAGAGGAUGAAGUCCAUCAGAUGCGCCUUGACAUUGGGAAGCUUAAUAAAAUCAGAGAACAAAUUCAUAAGAAAUUGCGGGUGAUUGAAGAGCAAAAGGUAGAAGUGGAGCAGCAUAAAGAAACACUAAAGAAUCAGAUUUUGGCACUGGAGAGAGAGGUGGAAGCAUCAAAGAAACAAGCAGAGCUUGAUAAGAAAGCAAUGGAUGAGCUUCUGAGAGAAAGGGAUAUAUUAAAUAAGAAUAUGGUUAAAGCAGUUCAUGCAACCCAGAAACAGAUUGACCUGGUAAAGCUCCAUGAACAGGCCAAGAGGAACCUGGAGGAGGAAAUCCAGAACUACAAAGAGGAGGCUCAGAAGCAGAGGAAGAUCAUCUUCCAGCUGGAGAAGGAUAGAGAUCGGUACAUCAAUGAAGCCAGUGACCUCACACAAAAGGUCCUCAUGAACAUGGAAGACAUAAAAGUUCGUGAGAUGCAGAUCUUUGACUAUAGGAAAAAAAUCGCCGAAUCAGAGACUAAAUUAAAACAACAGCAGAACCUUUAUGAAGCUGUGAGGUCAGAUAGAAAUCUGUAUAGCAAAAAUUUGGUGGAGGCUCAGGAUGAGAUAACGGAAAUGAGGAGAAAGUUAAAGAUUAUGACCCAUCAGGUAGACCAGUUGAAAGAAGAAAUCUCUUCUAAGGAGUCAGCACUUGUGAAGCUACAUCUGGAACAGCAGCGGAUAGAAAAGGAAAAGGAAACACUGAAGGCUGAACUGCAGAAGCUAAGAAUGCAGGCCCUGGAGACUAAACACUUCAUUGAAAAGCAGGAAUCUGAGGAGAGAAAACUCUUGCGGAUCAUUGCUGAGGCUGAUGGGGAGAGGCUGAGGCAGAAGAAGGAACUGGACCAGGUCAUCAGUGAGAGAGAUAUCCUUGGGUCUCAGCUUGUUCGGCGCAAUGAUGAGUUAGCUUUGCUGUACGAGAAGAUAAAGAUCCAACAGUCUGUGUUGAAUAAGGGUGAGAACCAAUACAAUCAGAGGUUGGAGGACAUGAGAAUCCUCAAACUUGAGAUCAAGAAGCUUCGCCGAGAAAAGGGGAUCCUUGCCAGGAGUGUGGCCAAUGUUGAUGAACUAAGGCAGGAGCUUUUUCACAUGCAGAGAGAGUUCUUGAAGGAGAGGACACGUUGCAGAGCCCUGGAGGAGGAACUGGAGAACCCCAUGAAUGUGCACAGAUGGAGAAAGCUUGAGGCCAGCGACCCCAGUACCUUUGAGCUGAUAGAGAAAAUCCACACCUUGCAGAAGCGUCUCAUCAGCAAAACCGAAGAGGUGGUGGAAAAAGAGCUGAUCUUGCAGGAAAAGGAGAAACUGUACGUGGAACUAAAGCACAUCAUUGCCCGGCAUCCUGGCCCCGAGGCCGCAGAACAGCUCCAGAUCUACCGACACACGCUUCGGGAGAAGACCAAGCAGCUGAAAGUUUUGUCUUCAGAACUGAAUAUGUAUGAGUCCCAGAGCCAAGAAUAUAAGUAUGAAAUUGAAAAACUUAGCAAUGAACUGCUGAAUUUAAAGAAGAAAUACCUUGCUCAGAAACGUAAAGAACACAUUCAGCGAAACAAAGACAGAAUGCUCACGGAACCUUUCACAAUGCCCAGACCAAAUGUCUCCCACUACGCCGGGGGUGGAUUUCCUCUCAACAGGUCACCCAAGGUGAAGUCCUAA